UACACACUCAGUCACCUUUCUCUACUCGUGACUGAAGCAUAUGUUUUGCGACCGUCAAUGGCGCUGUCUCGUGGCUCUAAACGGCGCACCGACUUACCUCAGCUCUAAACUAAAAGCAGUAGCAACACCUUUUUAGCAGUCAGACGGGACUGCAUUAUCUCGUCGACACGUCAACCUACAUUUAUAUAAACACAGAUCCAAUACCUAUUACAAUAUAUCUUCAUCCAUUUAUUAUUGUUACAAGUUUUUUUUUUUUUUUUUGUAAUAAGUAUAAUAAUAAAAUUAUCUCAUGAACAAUCGGACUAUUAUCGCGUGUUUAGUGUUCAGUGAAAUAUUAUUUGUAUAAAUUUAACUUUUUAUUUGUUCCCGCGGAUUAAAUCUCUCGCGAAACUGAUUUUUAGUUUCACCUGAAUUUCACGUGAGAUUUUUUUAUGACGAGUGUCGCGACUUUUAGAAAACUUAUUGCAAAUUUUUGAUAAUAAUAAUAAUUUAUUUUUUACUUGUUGGUUGACAGAGAAUAAAUAAAUUAGAUUGUGGAUUGAAAAUUAGAAGAUAAUAAAAGUCAAGAUGUUACUGGUGAGCAGUCUUCUUCUGAUAUUGGCGGCUGUAUCCAGAGUGGGAUGCCAGAGAAAUACUCCAAGAAGUCCUCGGGCGAGUCGGAACGACGCGGCUCUUGAAUUCGAGUGUCCCGAGGAGUUUGGGUACUAUCCCCACCCACGGGACUGCACUCAGUAUUACGUGUGUGUUUUUGGCGGUGCACUUUUAGAGUCAUGUACCGGCGGGCUUAUGUACAGCCACGAGCUCCAGACAUGUGACUGGCCACGUAAUGUUGGUUGCCAAAGCAGUUCUGCUGCUAAUCAGGAUGUCGAAGAUGAAGAUCCUUUAUUGGAACGAGCCGCAAAGGCAGAAUCCCAGCAACGGCAGCAUCAGCAGCGUCAACCAGUCCACCGUCAGCAGGUCCAGCUAACCUCUCCAUCCCCGUCUCUGUCCCAAGCAACAGAGCGUCAAUCUCGGCACCGUCCCCAGCAGCAGCAUCAGCACCGUACGUACCCCGACGAGGAGUACGAGCCAGCAUCGGAGAUCGAAAGCGACCGUCAGCAGCGCGUUUACCGCGGCCAGCCAUCGACGAUCGGUCAAGUCCAACGAGACCGGGACGGCCUCAGGAGGAACAUUAUUUCCGUAAGUCCAACGCACCCGUCUCACCCCGCUUCCAUCACAUCUCCACCAACACCACCACAGUCGUCCGACGAGGACAAUGAUAGUGUGGGACACGAAACAACCGCGAGUCAAAUGACUGCUUCCACAACAACUAAAGAUCUCAACUCGCCUAUCACAACUCUCACAACAACAACAACAACAACAACAACAUCAAUGUCUUCAUCUUCGUCGUCGACUGCAAAUUUCCCGGCGAGGUCAAACGUCGGUCAAUCACGCGAUAGAAAAGAUUACGCGAUCUAUGAGGCAACCAGACGUAAUUACAUUAUCGUCAGCUCGCCUUCACCUUUCAAGCUGCCUCCUCGAGAAGAUACAGACAAAGAUAAAGACAAUUACGAUGAUGAUCAACCGGCAGUAACGACACCUCAAUCCAUUAGAACGCCACCCGUGCUAAGUGAUCAACCUUUCCAGGUAAAUGUUGUUCCUGAUCAAACUGUCAAUUCUCCAAGCACUAUCGACGCUCUUCCAGACGUCGACUCGACAGUAGUAAGUCACUCAACCUCUAAUUCUAAUUCUCAGUCCCAGUCGAGCAGGUUUGAUGAUCUAGAGCAAAACGAAAUCUCAGUGAGCCCACCGGCGCCUCGAAAACACCCGACCUAUGACUUUUACGAUGAAACUAUUGGCAAAAGUAAUAGCAAUUACAUGAUUGGCACGUCAUCCUUGAGACCCAGAGUUAAAUCACGAAUAGCGAACCGAGGAAGGGAGAGAUACCAUGGCUCUAAUUACGUUACCAUGAAAGUCGUCCGCAAGCGGCCGGUCAGUGACCGAGACCAGGAUACCAAGGAUUCGUUUAAAAGUGACGUGACAGUUCCACUUAGCCGGUCAACAACUCCUUCUACCCAAACGCCUUCAUCAUCACCAACGACACCGUCAUUACCAUCAACAUCAGCGGAUCAGCGCAGAAAUCAAAAGAUCCUUCACUUGCCUCAAAAGGUCCUAGCCGCUACCGGACCCGGCAAAUCCGACCGGUUAGACGAUACACCCACGACAUUAAGCCCGCUCAAGAGAGCCUACAUAAUGAGCAAGCUCCAGCAGCAACGAGAUCAAGAAGACGUUGAAGGAAAUGAAAUAUCCCCGGCUUCAGGUCUUCAACACCAGUACAAGUCUUUCGACUCGAAGAAACAUGACAUCAGACUGCCCCAGACCUUGACGGGCAAUUCUUCUAUCACUUCUACUACUUCUUCUGUUUCUAAGACUAUGUUAACAGGAGCAGCAGGAGUUAAAGCUUCUACUAAAAUUGUUAAGGCUACUUCUUUGUAUCCCGCUAAAGUGGAACUCUCGACAACGCCAACACCAUUCCGACAUGUCCCGACAGCGGAGAUUGAGAGGAAUGAAAUAUCAGCGACAUCCUUAAACCUGACACCGGUUAAACUAUCGGUGGUAAAUCAACCGAGAACUCGUCAUGACAAAAAAGAUCUGAGUGUAUCUGCAGAAGCUUCUUCUUCUUCUUCUUCUUCUUCUUCUUCUACUACUACGACUACUACUAUGAGUACUACUACUGAUUCUUCUACUACAAGUGCUACUGCACUACGGCAGCAAAACUCAGGACAGCGUAGGACCAUCACGACACUCGAGAGGGAGAAGGAAAGCUUUGCGCGCAUUCAAACAGACAGUCCUUACAGAACUAUUCCUUCGGAGAAUCCACGUGUCGUAAAAACCACACCGUCGACACCUGCCGCUCCAGCUCCUACUAUUUCAAAGGCCUACUAUGAUCAUGAUAGUUAUCCUUACUAUCUCUACGACGAUGACGUUUCUAUUUAUAAGGACGAUGAUUAUCCCCAGUACGCUCUUAACCAAUCAGUACCAAUCCAAUCUCAUCCUCCACAACAGCAAACCGUCCGUAUCGCCGAGGUCACGCCAAACUCAAAGACUUACACGCAAAAGUCAAAGAAAGUACCCGCGAACGAUGUUAAUAAGUAUAAUUUCAAUUCAGAAGUCACUGCCGCGGAUUACGACAUCUAUGAUAACCAGGGUCACAAGAAUAAAUUCCAUAUCAACGAUCAGCAGUCUUACAGGCCAAACAGCAUCAGUCCUCAAGUGGUUCACGUGACGACACCAAAUGCCAUUGAUGCUUACGUUCCAUUAACGACGACGACUCAAGCCCCGCCGACGACAACUGCCCGUCCUUACACGACAGUAACUGUUCCAAGCCGAAGCAGACAAAACGUUAACCGAGGAACUGCACCACCACGACUACGCCCAACACUAAAACCAUCUACGGAAAUAGUCUCAAAGGCCCAGGAGUUUGUUGACAUCUACAGACAUCCACCAUCAAGACCAGCGCCAAUUUAUCCUACGCCUCAGGUAGACAAACCAGCAGCCAAAUGCCGCAAAGAUGUUUGCUUACUUCCGGAUUGUAACUGCGGCGGACCUGAUAUUCCAGGUGGAAUAGAUGUUGAACAGACACCACAGAUUGUUCUUCUGACUUUCGACGACGCCGUUAACGAUCUUAACAAACAGCUCUACGAGGAUUUGUUCGAACGGGGCCGGAAAAAUCCAAAUGGGUGUCCAAUAUCAGCAACUUUCUACGUGUCGCAUGAAUGGACUGAUUAUAGCCAAGUUCAAAACCUUUAUGCCGAUGGACACGAGCUCGCUUCUCACACAGUCUCGCACAGUUUUGGCGAGCAGUUCUCAGCUAGGAAGUGGGCCAGAGAAGUUGCUGGUCAACGAGAAAUUCUCGCUGCUUAUGGUGGAGUCAAGUUGGAAGAUGUCAAAGGAAUGCGCGCUCCAUUCCUCUCGGUCGGAGGCAACAAUAUGUUCAGAAUGCUGUGGGAGACCAACUUUACAUACGACUCCUCGAUGCCGAUCUAUGAAAACAGACCCCCGAGCUGGCCUUAUACUCUCGAUUACAAAUUAUUCCACGACUGUAUGAUUCCUCCAUGUCCGACGAGGUCUUAUCCCGGAUUGUGGGAAGUGCCUAUGGUCAUGUGGCAAGAUCUUAACGGUGGUCGCUGCUCUAUGGGAGAUGCUUGCUCUAAUCCGCCAACUGCUAAUGGAGUUUACAAAAUGCUUAUCAAAAACUUUGAACGUCAUUAUACUACUAACAGAGCACCAUUUGGUCUAUUCUAUCACGCUGCAUGGUUUACUCAACCACACCACAAAGAAGGAUUUAUCUCCUUCUUAGACACAAUCGUUGCCAUGGAUGAUGUCUGGGUAAUAACAAAUACCCAAGCUAUUGAAUGGGUCAGAAAUCCGACGCCUCUUGCUUUAUUAGAUACUUUUGAACCAUUUGGAUGUAACUACCAGGGACGACCUAAAAAGUGUAAUAAUCCAAAAGUAUGUAACCUCUGGCACAAGAGUGGCGUGAGGUACAUGAAAACGUGCCAACCUUGUCCGGAUAUCUACCCCUGGACGGGCAAGACCGGAAUCCGCAGUAGCCGCAUCGACAAUGACAUCGAAAAUUGAAAUAAUUAAUAUUAAUGAUUUAAAAUAAAAAUUAAUUUAUAUAAAAACAAAGGUAAAAAAAAACUAAAUACACACGUGACAUUGUUAUAAUAAUUGAUAAUUGAAAAGCAAUGAAGAGAAACCCACCAGCAAUUUAUAUUAUUUAUAACAAACAUACAAACGUUAAAAUUGGUUUUUUUAUAACUACGAUUAGAAUACGUAACAAUAUUCUUAAUUCUUUUCUUAAUCAAUUUGUCCACGUGUGGAUUCACGCGAUAUUAUAGACAUCUGCGGACAAUUUAUCAAGGCGCUGUGUCAAAUACUACCAGCUGAGUACGUCAAUGUGGUUUUAAAUACAUAGAUAAUAACAGUUAUUAUUCUUUAGAUUAAUAUUUGAUUUUAAAUCCGUAAUCUUCAUCUUUUAAUCAUAAAUUUAUGUAUAAAAAUAAAAAUAAAAAAUGCUACGGAUAAUAUUAUACAACAAUGCCAUAAAUAUAGUAUAAACUUUCGAAAGUAAAUAAUCUGACGCUUAUUAAUGUAUUCUGUGACUGGUAUUAUAUUUAAAUUGAUGCAAACACGAAUUGCUGUUCAAAGAUAAAAAAAUUAUUUUUUUAUUUGUUGUCAAAUCCAUCAAUUAAAUCGGGACUCAUUAAAUCAAAAGUGUUUUUAUUAACACACACACACACACUUAUUUGUAUAUAAAAAGAUUGGCUCAAGAUCUGUCUCGAUUUGAUAAAUAAAAGCCUUCUUGGCGUACUCGGCUAAUUUUAUAGUAGGUAAAUUAAUAAAAUAAAAAUACAAUAAAAUACGUACGUACAUUUAAAUAAUCAGGUGUCGUAUCGUAAAGCUAUAAAAUGAAAGUACUUAUAGCAUAUUAAUAUAACCGAGCAUACGGCAAAGAUAUGAGAUCACAUGAGAUAUGAUAUAUAAAAUGAAAAAUAAAAUACAAUAGUAACGAUGUAACAUAGAUUUUAUUGUAUUUUGCUGAGUGUUCAGUUAUUUGUGCCGAUUAAUAUGAGAUUUUUAAUUAUUUAAUAGCUCAGAAUGUAAGUUACGAGUUACUAGGCGCAGAUGCGAUGAGGGCGGAUGUUUUCGAGUGACCGUGUUUGCGAGCAUGGUUGCUAUACAAAAUACAAAUGUCGCUAGACAUUGCAAUAAUUUAGUUAAGUACUUAUUGUAAUUUUUGAUGUCUUUAUAAUAAAUUUAUCUAUAAAUUUUCUUUUUAAUUAA